CCGGACCGAUGUCAAUUUUCUGGGCCCGGGCUUUUGUCAGAUGUUGUCAGCUUCGUAUUUCAAAACAAGAAAAAAAAAACACGUGCAGUCGUGCACUUGUCCGAACGAGCAGUCAUGUCAUCGUCUUUUUCUAGCUUUAUCAAAGUACCCGCCGGAGAACGAGAAUCGCCAUAUACGGUGGAGGAUGAUGCGGCACCGCCACCGGAGAUUUUAUCGGAGGAAUGCUAUGCUUUGAGAGAGUGGCGCAGAGGGAAUGCGAUUCGAUUACAGGAGAAAGAAAAUGAGGAGAAAGAGAUGCUGAAGGGAAUAAUCGUGGAAGCUGAUGAGUACAAAGCUGAGUUCAUAAGGAAGUGGAAGGCUAGGUGCGAAAACAACAGAGUCGCUAACAGGGAGAAAGAAAAGCUUAAUCUUUCAAGCCAAAAGAAGUUCCAUACCGGAAAGAUAGUUAACUUACCUGAAGGUGGUUGGAAUUGCUGGAAAGAAAUAGCUGAACAAAUCCCUACAGAAAUUCCUAAUAUUGAAAAGAAGGGCAAGAAGGACAAAGCAGAGAAGCCGAGAAUUGCUGUGAUCCAGGGGCCAAAGCCAGGCAAGCCAACUGAACUCUCAAGGAUGCGCCAAAUUCUCUUAAAGCUCAAGCACAAUCCACCUCAUCCUCGCCUUAUUGCUCUUACUCCCUCUUGUAGACCUCCCGGAAGAGCAGUUCUUCAGUUUAUUGUAAAAUGGUAAUAUCAACGAGGCAAUCAAAUUUGUUUGUAAGCAGUCAGGCCUUGCCGUUUUGUUUUUAGUUUAUAACAUAUCAGACAUCGGAAUGUGGAAAAUUAGCACCCAUUCUGUA